GUAAAACUCAAGAGUAUAGGGUGCAAAGUGCAUUUUGUCCGAAAACGUUUUUCCUGAAGCACGUCUGCAAUCCAAAUGAAAUUCUAUAUUCAUUCGAUCCAGGUUGUAUGGGAAUGAUAUUCCUGAAGGCAGACAUUUAUAUGUGAAUGAUAAAGGUUUCAGAGUAUUUUGUUGUCCAUAUAUCUGGAAUCACAUGGCAUGUCAUCAAAUAUCACAUUGUCAAAUUCAGUCUCUGUGGAGGACUCUAUUUCAGUUAGGGAGUAAGCUAAAAUCGCAUGGAAACAGUUUGAGCAGUUCCCAUUUCCAAAAGUUACAUCCCAUUUGUCCUUUAUCCACAUCUCUUAAUAGGGGUUACUGCAGGGUAUCACAACCCAAUAAUAAUAAUAAUAAUAUUGAUACAGACCAAUUGUUACGCAGAGACGUGCCUCCCCAUACUGAUAUUAGGUCACCCAAUAUUCAUCCUUCCAGUGGCAGACUCAUGCUUAUUGAUGGGACGUCAAUCAUAUACCGAGCUUAUUACAGACUACUUGCUAAACUGCAUCAUGGUCAUCUUUCACACGCUGAUGGCAAUGGAGAUUGGGUACUGACUAUAUUUACAGCAUUGUCACUUAUUAUUGACGUUCUGGAGUUUAUUCCCUCUCAUGUAACGGUAGUUUUUGAUCAUGACGGAUUUCCCUUUGGUCAUAUGUCUCUUUCAACCAAACAAAAUUUUGUUGCGAAAGGCCUGAAUUUUCGCCACAAUAUGUACCCCUCUUACAAAAGCAAUCGCUCUCCAACACCUGAUACAAUUGUUCAAGGACUUCAAUUUUUGAAAGCUUCCCUCAAGGCUAUGUCUGUCAAGGUGAUUGAGGUGCCAGGUGUUGAAGCAGAUGAUGUUAUUGGAACCUUGGCUGUUAGGAGUGUUGAUGCUGGAUUCAAGGUCCGAGUUGUUUCCCCGGAUAAAGAUUUUUUCCAGAUCCUGUCUCCGUCAUUACGCCUUCUACGAAUAGCUCCUCGUGGAUUUGAGAUGGUCUCAUUUGGAAUGGAGGAUUUUGCUGUAAAAUAUGGAGGGCUGAAACCUUGUCAGUUUGUUGAUUUGAUCUCACUUAUUGGUGAUAAAUCUGAUAACAUACCAGGAGUUCACGGGAUUGGAGAUGUACAUGCAAUUCAACUUAUUAUGAAAUUUGGUACACUAGAAAACUUGUUGGAGUGUGUUGAGCAAGUUGAGGAGGAGCGAAUUAGGAAGACAUUGCUAUCCAACGCUGAGCUGGCUAGAUUAAGCAAGGAUCUAGCAAUACUACGAUGUAAUCUUCCAUCCUACAUGGUUCCUUUUGCACCCGAUGACUUGAUAUUUGAGAAACCAGAGGAUGGCGGUGAGAAAUUGACUAGCCUCUUAACGGCUAUUAGUGCUUAUGCGGAAGGAUUUUCUGCAGAUAACAUAAUUAGAAGAGCUUUGUAUUUGUGGAAGAAACGUGAGAAGCAAACUGCAGAUGCCAUUCACCAAAAAGUUGUAUCAGCCUGAUAAGGGACUCCCGAGUCCUGAAAACCAUGGUGAUGUAAGGAGUUCCCAGUUCUCUCUAUAGAUCUUUUUGGUUUGUACAUUAUAAUAUAUUGUGUUAUUAAAGAGUAGUUUAGCAGUGUAGGUAUAAUUGCUUAACACUAAAGGGCAUAUCUGUAAUUGUUUAAACCAGUUGGGAAAGACACGGUGAAUGUGUAAUUAACCUCUGAUUUUGCUGUGCAUUUAUGCAAGUCUCUAAGAAUUGGUACAA